AUUCGGAUGACUGAAUUCGUAGCUCUUUUGCCUUUCCGACAAUGUAGACUUCCUCCUGCUUCGUUUGUCACGUAACCUGCUUAACUCAAUAAACCGGUUCUAUGGAUGUAACUAGCUAGCGCUAACUAACACACACAGGCAUACGAACUUCUCGCUCCCUCGCGCCCCUCUACAAAUCUGUUCGUUCCGACAUGAAAAAAAACGGCGCUUAUAAAUUUUUGUCCGUUUUUUCGUGCUUCGUCAUUUGCUUGUUUUUGUUUUUGUUUUGGUUCUUUCUAUUUUACUCAAUGGCACGUGUACCAUAAGACAUUCGUGUCUUUAGCUGCUAAGCUAAACUGCCUGGCUACUUAGUUACCCACACUGCAUUGCUUUGUUGACAAGUCUCGCGAUCACAUGAUCCACUUGACAGGAAGUAAAGAUUUCUGUUCUUAUUAGCGCAUCCUGUUAGUGAAGUUGUGAUGGCAUCUGACACCAGUGAAGCAGCGUCCUCUACUCCAGACCUCAAGCUGCAGUUUGCUCCCUUCAGCAGUGCUCUGGAGGCCGGCUUCUGGCAUCAGCUCACUCAGAAGAAACUCAAUGACUACAGAUUGGACGAAAGCCCCAAAUCUAUUAAAGGCUAUUACUACAAUGGUGACCCACUUGGUUUGCCCACUCGCCUAACGUUGGAGUUCAGUGCAUUUGAAGUCGAUGGACCGACACCAGCCCGUUGCUGUCUAGCUACUGGAACGCUGUAUAACACCAACACACUUGAUGCCUUUAAGACCACCGAUAAGAAGGCUCUGCUGGAGAAAGAGGCCAAGGAGAUAUGGGAUGCUAUACAGUCUGGGGCUGCAUUGAAGGACCCAUCCAUCCUCUGCAAAUUCAUUCUGCUGACUUUUGCAGAUUUGAAGAAAUACCAUUUCUACUACUGGUUCUGCUUCCCUGCACUCUGUUUCCCAGAGGGAAUCAAGAUCAUCCAACAGCCAUCUUCCCUAGAGCAAGUUUUCUCUGCAAAACAGAUCACAGCCUUGCAGGAGGCCUAUGCCGUCCUGUGUGUCAAAAGAGGGACCACUGCUGAGCCUUACUUCCUAAUGAAGUACACAGCUGACACUGUUCACAUGGCUUCGCUCGAGGACUGGGACACGUUCAUUACUGAUACAAAGACGGUUACUGUGGGCGUUUAUGAUCCGUGUACUCUGUCUCAACAUCCGGGCUGGCCUCUUAGAAAUCUACUGGUUCUCUUAGCAAGCCGAUGGGGCUCUACGCUGGACACAGUGGAGGUGCUGUGUUUCAGGGACCAAACUCUGCAAGGAAGCCGCUCCAUACAGCACAGUGUCAUCUUCCAGAUAAAGCUACCUGUGAUUCCCCUCAACUCAGCAUGUCCUAAGAGUGUAGGUUGGGAGAAGAACCCUAAAGGGGCCAUGGGACCCAGGAUGGUCAACCUCAGUGAAUGCAUGGACCCUAAAAGACUUGCAGAGUCAUCAGUGGACCUGAAUCUGAAGCUGAUGAGAUGGAGGCUGGUUCCUUCCCUGGACCUGGACAAGGUGGUCUCCACUAAGUGUCUUCUACUGGGAGCUGGGACUCUGGGCUGCAAUGUAGCCAGGACUCUCAUGGGAUGGGGAGUGAGACGCAUCACAUUUGUAGACAAUGCGAAGAUCUCAUACUCCAAUCCAGUUCGGCAGCCGCUCUAUGAGUUUGAAGACUGUCUCGGAGGAGGGAAGGCCAAAGCCACGGCAGCUGUUGAUCGACUCACCAAAAUCUUUCCUGGUGUGAUUGCAGAGGGUUACAACAUGAGCAUCCCCAUGCCUGGUCAUCCGGUGGAUUUCUCUGAGGCCACUCUUUCCCAGGCCCAGAAGGAUGUCGAGCUGCUGGAGAAGCUCAUUUCAGAACAUGACGUGAUCUUCUUACUAAUGGAUACGAGGGAGAGCCGCUGGUUGCCUACGGUGAUAGCUGCCAGCAAGAGGAAGCUGGUGGUUAAUUCCGCUUUAGGCUUUGACACAUUUGUCGUGAUGCGCCACGGCCUUAAGAAGCCCCCCGUCAGUCAGAGUGUUUCUGCAGGAGCAGACUCCUCCACUUCCUGUUCUUCUGCUUCCUCUUCGUCCACCACACCGGCCGGCUCUGCGCCCUCUGUCCCAGCAUCCUCUCUGUUCUCCAACAUCCCAGGGCACAAGCUGGGCUGCUAUUUCUGCAAUGAUGUUGUGGCACCUGGAGAUUCAACCAGGGAUCGGACUCUGGAUCAGCAGUGCACCGUGAGCAGACCAGGCCUGGCUAUGAUUGCUGGAGCCCUGGCUGUGGAGUUGAUGGUGUCCAUUCUGCAGCACAGUGAAGGAGGCUACGCAGUGGCGAGCAGCAGCGACGACAGAAUGAAUGAACCGCCCACCUCUCUGGGUCUUGUGCCACAUCAGAUCCGAGGCUUUCUUUCGAGGUUCGACAAUGUUCUGCCCGCAAGCAUGGCCUUCGACAAAUGUACUGCCUGCUCCCCCAUUGUCCUGGAACAGUAUGAGAGGGAAGGUUUCAACUUUCUGUCCAAUGUUUUUAAUUCUACCCACUCAUUCCUGGAGGACCUGACAGGGCUGACACUGUUGCACCAGGAGACACAGGCCGCAGAGAUUUGGGAUAUGAGCGAUGACGAGAGCAUCUGAAGGACUGGAGGAACGAACCUGCAGCCUCUGAAGGACUGGAGGAACGAACCUGCAGCCUCCGAAGGACGGAACUCUCCAAUAAUCCUUCAGUUUCUGCACAUUUGUAUCAGAUGAGUGCAGGCCUUCGACAGUAGACGCACACAGGCAACUCAAGUAAUCAAAACCAACCACAUCACAAACACAUCUUCGGAAUAGAGCAGUGAUAAGGUCAAAUAACAUCUGAUUUAUUUUGCUGCUAAACAAUUCAAUUUCAGUGAAAAUGCAGUUUUUCAAAGUUACAUUAGACACGAGAUCAGAGAUUGAACAAAGUUAAUUUUCCACAUUGUGCGUCUGAAACCGUUGUAUCUAAUGGAUAAUGUACCUGUUCCCAUUACCUCGUGUGUGUGUGUAAUCGGUCACAUUCACUCAUUGUUCGUUCGCAGUCAGUUCAAUUCCAUAAGGCAAAACAUAACAUAACACUGACUUUUUGUCUGGAAAGGCCUCACUGAAUGUUCACAGGUUCCAUCCCUCCCACAGUCCCUCCAUCAACACAUGUAAUGGGUUUGCUUGAGUCCUUUGGCACGACAUUGACGAACUACAUCUGCUCGCUCAUUCAGCUUACUGCAGAUGAAUUAUGAAAUUCACAAACACGGUCGACAACUCGACAAAUCCAUCCAUCUAUCUCCCUUUCUGUUUAAGGUGAUGCAUUCAGCCCUGUUAAUACUAAAACCAUCUUUGUUGAUGUGAAAGUAUGAAAGCUGCACACAGACGUUACUGUGCAAGUGUGGCUUCUGAUAUGGAAAAUGAUUUAGUGUUGCUGUAACCGACAGCUGCACGCUUUCAUCUAAAAGAGCCUGUGGACAAAGUGGCGGUCUGUACAGGUUGUUGUGUUGAAGCAUGCACUUGUUUCUCAUGUUGCUGUUCUUACUCUGUGCUUUUCGUCUCGACUGCUAACAUGUACAACAUUUUACGUGUGAUGAAAUGUAUAUUUCAACAGCUGCUUGGAUGUUUAUGGAAGACUAAAAGAAAGAAAAAAAAGCCAUCUAAGAUUAAUUAAAGGAUUUGAGAUUGAAAUUAAAAGAUAGAAUUUAGGGAGAAAUAUAUCCUUUCAAAAAUAAACCCCUGAAUCCAGACUUUAACUCCAGAGUUUAAUUAGAGUAUCAGCUGUUUUGGUCACACUUUUGCUCUUCUGUAAGUAUUUAACCAAAGAAUGGAAUAAAAUGAUGCUUUAUUAAUUCUGUUUA